AUGGACGAAAGCACAAUCUACAACGACUCGAAGCACAGUCUUUUAAAUUUCACGGGCCAGUCCUCGUCCGGGGUAUCGCCUUUGGAACAGGAGGUCUUGGACGAAUAUGAGAGAUUAUCGAGAAACAUGAAGGAGCUCUCGUCGACGCUUUCCGACCUCUCCAGCGGUCCCAUCACGCUCGAGAUCGCAGAAGGUCUUCGCCUGCUGGAACGCAAGGUCGCCAGCGUGUACACCUUGAUGAAGGCCAGUGUGUACAGUAUCGUGCUGCAGCAGGGACAGGUCGAGGGUAUGGAGGAAGGCGUAAGGGACAGACAGGACGACGAUGGAGGAGAGGCUGGCGAGUAG